AUGAUUUAUCUGACGUACCUGAAAACUAGCCAUUUUAAGCUUAAAUCUGAUGAUGUAGAACCAAUGCUCAAUAGUGAUAAUGAGGGAGUAUUCCUCCUGAGGGACUCGUGCACUUCGGACAUUUGGGUAUAUAAAAAUAAAACAUGCAGGGAGAAUUAUCUAGAGCAGGACGUGUCAUGUUGGAGCACUAAUGUGAGUUACCUAUCUACGAGAGAAAAGCAAAACCAGCUGAAUAUACAAAGCACACAAAGCAGUGAAAAUGAAGAAGACUAUGAAAACGAAAGCGAGGACAUACCAACAGAAAGAAAUGAACUCACCAUCAGUUUGCAUAACGGGGACACACAUUUUGUAAUGUACAAAUAUGAACACAAUACAUGCAGAACCCAACUGCUAAAAGGUACACUUAAAAAGAAGAUAAGCAAAAUAAGAGGAGAAAAAAAAAUAACAAAGCAGGAAAAUACAUCGAAGAGCAAGCACCAGUUGUCAUCCAUUAAAAACAGUUUCAAAGGGAAAACAACUCUAAACAAGGAGAAAUGCGAAAAGCUGAUCCGUAGCAACUGUUCGAAGAACUCUAAAAGGGGAUUCAUCAAGCAAAGAAAAAUAAGAAAAAAUGUAUACCCAUUCGAGAAAAAAAAUUUCCUCAACACCGUAGAAAAUAUCCUAGCCUUACAAAACAGUGCAGUUCAUCUGAAGGCAGCUUGUGAAAAUUUUUCAAAAUUUUGCAAGGACAACAUAGAAUCUGCCAAUGCACGGAAGUGUUUACGUAGAGUCAGUAAGAGCAGGGCGUCAAAAGGGGGAAAUCACUCUAUGGACAUAUUAGACGUCACUGAAAAGUAUGCUGGAGGCGACUGUCCAUACGUCAAGUGUAUAGAAUAUAACACCAGAUGCAGAAAGAGGGAUGAAGCAAGGAGGCUAAAUGUUCUCAUUAAAAAGGUGGUUGUCGAAAUGGAAUAUUAUACAUGCACAAAAAGAAAAAGUAGAGCAAAUGUUCGAGGUAAAAAGGGGUCAAUCAUCUCAAAAAAUGCAAAAUCAAAUGCUCCAUUUCACAAAAGAAAUAACACAAAUGAUAUAAGGCGCGGGAGAUCCAACAAGAGGUCAUUUCUCGUAGUGCACGAAAUAGUCAUGGAUGUAUAUAAUGUAGACAUGCAUUGUCAUGACAACUGCACGGAAGUGUGCAAAGGAACCCCAUCGUGGUGUGUCCUUUUUGUUGAGUGCUGUCCUCUGAAGUAUAAUGUUGCCACCACGAACUGCAACACCAAGUUGAGAAGUAUUCCUAAUAUAAACCAAAAAGAACAAGAAAAAAAAAUAAAAAAAAACAAAAACAAAAAAAAUAAGAAUAACAAGGGAAAAAAAGAAACCAUCGCAAACGUAGUAGACCUUCUAAACCACUUGAGCAGUACCGUCCCACAAAUAAAAAACAACGGAAGUUUUAUAUUCUUAGAAGUUUCAACAAUUAUGUGUAAAUCAUAUAACGUACGAGGCAGCAUUAUGGAAUUUGUAAAUUCCACAAACAAAAAGUACAAUGACAUAUGCCGAAUCAAAAUCACAAGAAUAAUAAGCAUACCAUAUUGUAUGCAAAGAGACACCCAUCAGUGUAUACAAAAUGAUAUUUACUACGAAUUGUACCAAGCAGUUUAUUUAGCGCGUCAUUGUUAUGUAAUAUUUCAAGAGGCAAUUAUGAGUAGCUUCUGCAAUGUAACUCAUCAGGAGUCAUUCCUGUGCGUACAAAAUUGCCUAGAAAAUUGCAUAACACAAAUGGGUCAUUCGUUCUUCCAAAGAGGAAUGUCAACAUUCGCCAUAUUUAGAGCUGUGUCCAAUGCAAUCUCCAUCUCUACCACAAUAAGAAAUAAAUUACCCUUCCCAAAACCCUUAUUUUUCAAAAAGUACACAAUUUUGGUUACACAAUAUCAGAAUAUCAUCAAUUAUGCCAUUUUCUUCCUUGAUCUAUGUGAAUAUAUCAUCACUUAUCAUUUUAAAAAGAAAAAAAUUCUGCUACGCACGAAGGAGAAAAUAAGUUUAUUACUCUAUUACUUUGGAGAUCAACAUGGGGUUGUGAAAUACCAGCGCAAACAUUUUUUUCACCAUAUUUGUAGCGAACGUUGUAGUAAGCAGGAAAAGUAUUGCGAGAAAGAUUUUAUAAGCUGGUUGUCUGAUCCGAAAGUAGAGGUUAUGAAAUCCGAAGUGGAAGUCAAUUUGCCAGCAUACUUGAAAAAUUUCAAGGAUAAAAAGGGGAAGACGGAACGGUCGCAUCAAUGUAUACGUGAAGAGGAAAUACUCCCUCAUCAGAAUAGCCCAGGAAGUUCUUCAAAUCAUCAUACUACACUGUAUUACGCUAUGAAGAAGCUAAUUCUCUACUUUUGCCACUAUUUUGCUGCUCCAUCGGAUAUCAAAAUAAAAUAUAGACAUGUUUGCAAAAAGAGGCAUAAACUAAAGAAGCUCAGCUCGGGUGCAUCAGAAUGCAUAAAAAAUUUCUUGCACAUACAUGUUAUAAACACACUUACUGGUUUCCUCAAACGCGAUUUUGUGAAAGUUGCAUAUACUGGAAAGGGACAGGGGUAUAGCUUACACGGCCCUUCGGAUCAAAAUGCAAGUAGUAUCUAUAGCACUUCCAGUGGAAGCUCAUGUAGUAGUACACACGAGAGAAGCCUGAAAAAUCAAGCGCACAUAGGAUUAAGAGUGCAUACAGGACAACACAGAAAUGAUGUUCUCUACACCCCCAAUUGCACGCUUAAAUCUGAAGAAAGGGGAAUGAAAACAUGCACAAGUGAUCAUACAAAAAGGAACAAAUCGAAUAAUUCGGACCCACGGAUGUUGGACGAAUCAGAAGGUAGACACCCUCAGUAUUUGAAAUUCCAAGUGAAAGGAAAAUUAGCGCUGCACGUCCUGCACCGAAGGGACAAGCACAAAAUGCGUUGUGAUGGCAAGAAUUAUAAACCAACGAAUAACACACAUAAACCGAAUGAUAGCAGAAGGAAUAUAAUCCAAGCGAACCCUAACAGUAGUGAUCAUUACUACAUGGAAAAGGAAAUAUUCACUAAACUUUACAACAACGUAGUUAGGCCAACUAACCAAAUGGAGAACAAAAGGAACUACACGCAAAACUACACACAUGCGAAUCUCAACAAUUUUAUGAAUAAUAGAAAUGCGGGAAAUCAUUCCAAUGCGAACAUAAACAUUAUUAGGGAUCAGAUAACCCAUUCGAUAGAGCGAAGUAGCUACCAUAGAAACCUUUGCACCGGGUGUCAAAAUAGUUUACACCAUAAUAUGAACCAUAUGACUUACUGCAACAAUGGGCAGCAAAUAAGGUGGCAAACAAAUCCGAACAGUUUUAUGCACGGAAGUGGAAACUACGGUUGCGGAAAUGGGUUCAAUACUCAUUCCCGCAGCAACUAUUCUAUAGGAAGAAGCAACCGCGCGCCCCAGUACGGCAACGGAAUUUUCGUUAAAAGUGGCCAACUCCCGCAGAAUGAAGAAAAAGACAUGAGCUACUACUUCGGCGCCUUUUUCAACAACAGCAACAACAGUUAUUUCAGCAGAACGGUCGACAGGAACAAUGAAAUAAACUGCACCCACAGGUACACCCAACCGCAUCAAAAUAAUGCCCCACCAAAUUGUUAUGUCAUCCCCAACGGUGUAUAUACCUUUAAUAACAUCAAUUUGAACAAACAAAAUAAAUUGUGUAAAAUGUGCAAAAGCACAGGUAUGAGAGGAAAUGAACAUUAUUACCAUACCAACAGGAUUUUCAACUCAUUUGAGGGAUUUUCGAAGCUGAGAAAGGACCCGAACGUUCGUAAUACAAAUGGAGGACACCCUGCUAACAACUACAUAAACGAAUAUCGCUUUGAUGAACAGUGCCUAUCCAAUAAUGCCUUAAAAAAACAAAUGGGUAGAGGAAUGAUCACAGGGAAUUGCAGCGAUAAUUUGCCAAAUGCAAAUACGCACGCCUUAAAUAAUAGCAAUGUACCUAAUAGCUACAGAAACUGCAGUCAUGUGAACCGAGUUAGGAACAUCUUCUGCAUGUGUGGUGCCAUGAACGACCAUAGGGACAACGAAUUCGGUGGUAACGAAAGUGGGGAUAACGAAGGCGGAAACAAUCGAAGCGGUAAUGACGAAGGUAGUGACAACCAAGGAGACAAAGAAAGCAAUGAGGGUGGCAAAAAGAGCGGCACCGACAAUAAUAAGAAUAACAACAACAACGGCGGCCGAAAUGGCAAACCAAACGGUGAUAACAGCAACCAGAACAACAACAAGGAAGACGAUAACGAACAGGAGGGAAACGACCAAAACAGAAGGGGCUGCAAUAAACAGGACGACUGCAGUACUACCGGAAAAAAGAAAAAAAGCAAAAAAAAAAAACAGAAAAAAAAAUGA